AUGACAACUAGUACAAAUAAACAAAUGUCUGAUGAUGGCCUUGCUGAAGAGGCAUCCGCGGCUGCCGACGACCUGAAGAGCAGCACAUGUCACGAGAAGGCUGCGAAGACUGCCAACGUCAUGGAGUGCAGAGGACCAGAAGAGAAUUCCACUGGGGAUGCCAGUCAAUUGGAAGGAAGUGAAUCAGGAAGUGAACCAGAUGAGAAGAUUGAUCUCGCUGCCAGUGUAGUAGCAGGCAGUGGUGGAACUGAGAAUUGCACUGAGGAUGGCAGUGUAUUGGAAGGAAGUGAACCAGGUAAGGUGAUUGAUCUCGCUGCCAUUGUAGUAGUGGGCAGUGGUGGAACAGAGAACUGCACCGAGGAUGGCAUUGUAUUGGAAGAAAGUGAACCAGGUAAGGUGAUUGAUCUCGCUGCCAGUGUAGUAGUGGGCAGUGGUGGAACAGAGAAUUGCACUGAGGAUGGCAGUGUAUUGGAAGGAAGUGAACCAGAUGAGGAGAUUGAUCUCGCUGAAAGGAUACUGGAGGGCAGUGAUCGAACACAGAAUUGCACUGAGGAUGGCAGUGUACUGGAAGGAAGUGAACCAGAUGAGGAGAUUGAUCUCGCUGCCAGCGUAGUAGUAGGUGUGGUCGGACAGAGCAUUGCCCUUACGAUGGCAGUUGUAUUGGAGGGAAGUGAACCAGUGAAGGUGAUUGAUCUCGCUGCCAGUGUAGUAGCAGGCAGUGCUCGAACAGAGAAUAGCACUGAGAAUGGCAGUGUAUUGGAAGUAAGUGUACCAGAUCAGGAGAUUGAUCUCGCUGCCAGUGUAGUAGCAGGCAGUGGUCGAACAGAGAAUUGCACUGAGGAUGGCAGUGUAUUGGAAGGAAGUGAACCAGAUGAGGAGAUUGAUCUCGCUGAAAGGGUAGUGGAGGGCAGUGAUCGAACACAGAAUUGCACUGAGGAUGGCAGUGUACUGGAAGGAAGUGAACCAGAUGAGGAGAUUGAUCUCGCUGCCAGUGUAGUAGCAGGCAGUGGUCGAACAGAGAAUUGCAGUGAGGAUGGCAGUGUAUUGGAAGGAAGUGAACCAGUUAAGGUGAUUGAUCUCGCUGCCAGUGUAGUAGCAGGCAGUGCUCGAACAGAGAAUAGCACUGAGAAUGGCAGUGUAUUGGAAGUAAGUGUACCAGAUGAGGAGAUUGAUCUCGCUGCCAGUGUAGUAGCAGGCAGUGGUCGAACAGAGAAUUGCAGUGAGGAUGGCAGUGUAUUGGAAGGAAGUGAACCAGUUAAGGUGAUUGAUCUCGCUGCCAGUGUAGUAGCAGGCAGUGCUCGAACAGAGAAUAGCACUGAGAAUGGCAGUGUAUUGGAAGUAAGUGUACCAGAUGAGGAGAUUGAUCUCGCUGCCAGUGUAGUAGCAGGCAGUGGUCGAACAGAGAAUUGCACUGAGGACGGCAGUGUAUUGGAAGGAAGUGAACCAGAUGAGGAGAUUGAUCUCGCUGAAAGGGUAGUGGAGGGCAGUGAUCGAACACAGAAUUGCACUGAGGAUGGCAGUGUACUGGAAGGAAGUGAACCAGAUGAGGAGAUUGAUCUCGCUGCCAGUGUAGUAGCAGGCAGUGGUCGAACAGAGGAUUGCACUGAGGACGGCAGAGUAUUGGAAGGAAGUGAACCAGUUAAGGUGAUGGAUCUCGGUGCCAUUGUAGUAGCACGCAGUGGUCGAACAGAGAAAUGCACCGAGGAUGGCAGUGUAUUGGAAGGAAGUGAACCAGGUAAGGUGAUUGAUCUCGCUGCCAUUGUAGUAGUGGGCAGUGGUGGAACAGAGAAUUGCACUGAGGAUGGCAGUGUAUUGGAAGGCAGUGAACCAGAUGAGGAGAAAGGAUAG